GUGGACACUUUUCAAGGGUUUGGCCAAGUUGUGACGUUAGUUAUCUUUGGUGAGACAGUAUUGAGUUGUGUCUACACGACGUGGACUCUGGCAUCAGCGUCCCGUGUCUGCUGUGUAAUAGCCAUCUGACUGCUGGAUAUACCUUCUCAGAAGCUUCACAAGAGGGAAAGCAGUGACAGAGAAGGAAUAUAUCAGUUAUCAUUCUUUGCACGGAUUUCUCAGUGGCUUAGCAGUAACUGGAGUAAUGAAGACAGUGGCACAGAAACUGGAUGGCUUCUACAGGGAGCCAGGCCUCGGAUAUAGACAAGAUUUUGGGAUUCUUCAGUGAUGGCGCACCCCCCACCAAAAAGCCCAGGAAGCUGCUCCCAAGCCUGAAAACUAAGAAGCCUCGGGAGCUCGUGCUGGUGAUUGGAACAGGCAUCAGUGCUGCGGUUGCACCCCAGGUCCCAGCCCUGAAAUCCUGGAAGGGGUUGAUUCAGGCCUUACUGGAUGCUGCCAUUGAUUUUGACCUUCUAGAAGAUGAGGAGAGCAGAAAAUUUCAGAAAUGUCUCCAUGAAGACAAGAACCUUGUCCAUGUUGCCCAUGACCUCAUCCAGAAACUCUCUCCCCGUACUAGUAAUGUUCGAUCCACAUUUUUCAAGGACUGUUUAUAUGAAGUAUUUGAUGACUUGGAGUCAAAGAUGGAAGAUUCUGGAAAACAGCUACUUCAGUCAGUUCUCCACUUGAUGGAAAAUGGAGCCCUGGUGUUAACGACCAAUUUUGACAAUCUCCUGGAACUGUAUGCAGCAGAUCAGGGAAAACAACUUGAAUCCCUUGACCUUACUGAUGAGAAGAAGGUCCUCGAGUGGGCUCAGGAGAAGCGGAAGCUGAGCGUCUUACACAUCCAUGGGGUCUACACCAACCCUAGUGGCAUCGUCCUUCACCCAGCUGGGUAUCAGAAUGUGCUCAGGAACACUGAGGUUAUGAGAGAGAUUCAGAAGCUCUAUGAAAACAAGUCAUUCCUUUUCCUGGGCUGUGGCUGGACUGUGGAUGACACCACUUUCCAAGCCCUUUUUCUGGAGGCUGUCAAGCAUAAGUCUGACUUGGAACAUUUCAUGCUGGUUCGGAGAGGAGAUGUGGAUGAGUUCAAGAAGCUUCGAGAAAACAUGCUGGACAAAGGGAUUAAGGUCAUCUCCUAUGGAAAUGAAUAUGCUGACCUUCCAGAAUACUUCAAGCGACUGACAUGUGAGAUCUCCACGAGGGGAAGGUCAGCAGGCGUGGUGAGAGAAGGCCAGCUAAAUGGCUCGUCGACAGCACACAGUGAAAUAAGAGACCAUAGUACAUGAGAGGGCUAGAGGAAUCACCACCAUUAGACCAAGCUGUAAGGGCCUACUGUGGACAGUGUUUAACAAGUAAACUUACAAGAACCCAAAACAGCUCCUAAGAAGUACCAAAACCCAGAGGUUGAAGGCUGGGGUUAGUGAGGGGAUGCUCCAACCUAAUCCUUUGUGCUGGCUGAUUCCUGAUCUUCUGCGGCCUGUUCUGCUUCAAUACAUGCGUGACAAGGGACCCAAGUGUCACCCCUGCCCCGCCCCCAGCCUGGACAGGCCCGUGUCCACACAGCAGAUUAACAGGACAUCUCCACCGACUGUGGCUGCAGCUCUGCAUGGACUUGGGAUCUAGACGCCAUGGGAUCACUGUGGCCCUUGUUGCAGUUUUGUACUCUACUUGGUUUUUCAAUUAAGCUUAAUGGCUUUUUUAAAAUAUGACUUGAAGCUCUAGUUUUCUAGAUCUUUUACAGUGUACAGUAUUUUACAUAAUUGAGCUGUAUUAAAAGCUUGUUCAUUUACUUCCCAGGG